GAAUAACAAUGCCGGAUAGAAUGAUUGGCUUACCUUAGUCAUCCAGGUCUUUCGAUCCCAUGUCCAGUAUCAAAAGUCUGGGGAAGUCGAUUCAAUCCCUAUGUCAGAAUUCUACUCAAGUGAUACUUCUCUAAGUACUCCCUCAUAUCCACCCCCGUCGCCAGCUACUUGGAGUGUGGAGGUUUUCUAUGGGCCUCUUUAUUGGGGAUUUGUCUUGGCGACAAGUUUAGUUGGGGCCACUGUUGUACAGGCCUACAUGUAUUUCUCGCGGAAUUCAGAUAGGUGGUCGUUGAGGUUGUUGGUGACUGUCCUACUUAUACUCGAUGUCGCAUCGACAGUCUUGAUGGGGCAGGCCAUAUUUCACUACUUUGUUGUGAAUUUUGCAAACGUUGAUGUUUUCUUCGAAGUCCCGAUAUCGUGGUGGGCCGAGAAGGCCUUAUCAACUUUGAUUACCUGCAUGACGCAGCUUUAUUUUGCCAGCAGGAUCUACAUAAUAAAUAGGACAUGCGCAAUACUUCCAGGAUACGGCAGAUUUUUACCUGUAGCUGUGAGUUUUUUUGCCGUGGCCGGGUUAAUGGGUGGUUUGUCGGAGACUUACUUCAUGUCUGUCUGGCCGACGUCUCAGUUUGCGAGUACUACCAUGCAGGUUAUAGUUAUUUUAGAAGAUGGUUCUGCGGUACUGUCAGAUAUUCUUGUAACCACAACUUUGUCAUACAUCCUCUCGCCAAGUCGUACUGGUGUCGUACAGAGAAGCUCGCGUUUGAGAAACCUCUUCUUUUUUGUCAUGAAUAGGGGCAUCAUUGUCACGAUCUUUCAGGUAGGCGUUCUCGUAGCGUAUCUGGGCGCGCGAAGUUAUCUUUAUUGGAUGCCCUUCCACUUAUGCAAAAGCAAGCUAUACGCUAAUACUCUUCGUGCGUUUGUCGUAUCGGCUUAUCCGAUGCUCAUCUGACCUCGCUAUGAAUAUCCCUAGUUGCCAUGUGAGCACAAUCGCCAUUGACUGAUGUUUAUACUCACGUGGGGUGAAGGCUUAAUUCACGAGAAAUUCGGCACCAUAGUCGCGCGAACAAUGCCAAUACCCGCCCCCGAAUUGACGAUUCACGAUUUGAUGAUAUCCCUGUUCUCGAUAUUACCGCACCCAACUAUCCUCCUUCCCCUCACGCUGUUGUCAGAAGCGCAUCUUCAUUGGAAUUGGCACAAGAUAAAGUUAAUCCAUUAGACUGCGAAGACAUGGUUGACAACCAUUCAAUGCAACGACAUGACUAGAUUUCUCCAAGACUCGGCUACUGUUAUCGCGCCGCUGAACUGCCAUGCAUCGUGCUAUUUUACACAGCCUAGUACUCAGACUGCAGGCUGUGGUAUUAUCCAAGAGCGAGCCACUGGUAACCUAUCACGAAUUUAGACUCAGAGGCUGGAGGUAUACAAAAAUGUCCGAUUCACGGGCAGACUGUCAGUGCAAUGGCUGCCGAUCGGGAGAGUACAAUUUCCAUGUUUGAUUGGUACUUACAUGUAAAUCGUGAAGCUUAUAUGUUACGUUUGAACACUAUUGAACCCUACGGCA